AUGCCAUUGGCGACCUUCUACCUGCCAUAUUGCGGUCACGACGACCUCUUUGCGAGCAGCUACGUUCGAUGUCAAAAGUCCAGCGGGCACAAGAUUCUGCGCUGCUUUCCGCACUGCUGUCCUCGCCAUGUCCACUAUCGCAACUGCGGCUCGGCCGUGCGCUUGGCCAUCGCGUCGUCCAUCGAGGCGCGCGCGUUCGCUGCCUUUGGCCUCGCCACCGAGACUAACGUGCGCGUCGGCGACGUCAUCUCCAUCGACGACGUGACGAUUCGAUCGCGCGAGAGCCCGCUCGCGACACACCUCGAAGGCACGCGCCUCGACGAGAACGGUCACUUUGAGUUUGAUGAAAAGCAAGCCGAUGGCUGGCACUAUGGCUGGAAGAGUGGCCGCAGCAAGGCCCAGCGCGACCUUCUCCACGUUCUCUGGGCGGUGGUGCUCCACCCCGUCGAUGCACACCGGUGGACGGUCGUCGCGGUCGCCAUCUCGACACCGUUUACGAUCGUGUCGUACCGUGGCGAGCACAACAAGAAGAAGAAGCACGCACAGAGCGUCCCGCGGCGCCUCCAGCGGCUGGCGUCAACAUUGCCGAACAGCGAUGUGUCCUCGCUUGGUCGGCUUGUCCGGUUUCUCGGCGACUACCGGCUCGAUUCCGCGCCACGGGACCUGCUACUCAGCAUCGAAGCGCGCCUUUUGGCCAUGCAUGGGCUCCACGCGCUCCCGCUGCUGCCAGCUGCCGCCAUUCGCCCGGCGUUUUCCGUUCCCGACUAUGUCACGAGUAGCGUGGUGGCUGCGAUUGCCCUCGCCCACCCGCACUUUCUCGCGCGCGUCAAUAGCUACCUCUUGGCGCACGCCGAUGCGGUGCUCAACAAGGCCGCUCUCAACCGGGUCUUGGAUGCCCUCUUGCAUCGCGUGCUUGUGCCAUACCUCGAGUCCGAGCUCCAGGCGUCGUGCGGUGUCUCGAUCUCGGACAUCACCAUCGAUGCCGACGGCGACGGGUACGACAGUUUCACCCCGCGCUUUGUCGCGCAGCUCCGCGAAGCGUACAUCACGACGCAGUCGACACUCGUGCGCCUCGAGCUAACACCAAUGGGGCCAUCGCCAAUGGACGGGACGUGGACCUGGUCCUCGGACGACACGUCGGCGCUGCAGGCCUUGCCAUGGACGCUACCGCACUACCUUCGGUACCUCGCGAUCGCGCGAUCGUUUACCCAGCGACUUGUCGGACACACGCUUCAAAUCCGAGCGACGUCGACAGCUUUUUCCACCGUGCCGUGCGAACUCGUGCUCGAUGGCGACAUUCGCAGCCUGCGGGUAUUGCCGUCGGGCGAGUCGUGCAUGGGCCACGUCGCCGUCGACUAUGUUGGCUGCCUCGUCGCUGGCGAGGAGCUCCAACUACGGCUCUUCCUCUAUGAACGAAGCCGAUCCGCGUGCGUUCUCGCGACCGUCCGCGUCUGGCCAAGUGGCGCGCACACGCUGGUGUAUCGCGUGCAGCUCGAGCGGACAUGCCUCGAUGACGCUGGCCUCUUGGACGUGCGUGCGUCGCAGCGUGUUUCUGCGCUGGGGGCCAGCGAACCCCAUGGCCAUUUCCUCUCCACCUACAGUCGUGUGGCUGAGGAUAUUACAUAA